UUUGCCAUUUGGUUUAGUGUUUAUUUUAUUUUAUUUCUAAAGUAAACUGACAGGCUGUUUCUAUUUUACCUUAUUCUUUUUGCCAUCACAUGUACUGAGUUUGGACUCUUUGUCAACGCACUUUAGGUCGAAUAUGGGACAACAUUUAUUGUCAUAACAAUCAAUGAUAUUAUGAAUUCUGAUUAUUGGGAAGAUGACUUCUCUGACCAUUCUUCAGAUAUUGGAAGUGUAAGGAGUGAGGUUCGAUCCACCAUGCCCCAGCUUGUCAGCAGUCAAUGCUAUGGCCGAGGCAAAUCUCUGUCUGACAUCAUUUUUCCUAGAAUACCCAGACAUUUGAGGAAUAUACCACAGAAAACCCAGCCAACAGAAUUUCAAAGUCGAGGUCGCGGGAGAGCCCAUGUUUUAAAAGAGCGGAUCGAGAAUUUGGAGUCAUCCAGCAGGUCCAGCAGCCAGGAGUCGUUGUCAUCUCUCUUACAGGCAAUGGAUGCCACAUCGAGGCCCGGGAAUUCUGCUAAACCAGAAUCAUCAGUUGAGAAAACCUCGAAAAACAUCUAUGAUACACUGUUUUUGGAUUUGACCGAUUCAGCUACAGAAGAUGCAGAGGAUGGAGACACAGAUUUUGUUGUGCCCCCUCUUCCUUCCAAGAGAAACUUUUCAUUCCGCCCUUGUGUUCCUCCUGCCCUGAGAAAACCUGUUCCCAAUUUGAAGUGUAUGGACGACUUCCCUAGUCUUAGUGGUGAUGCAGAAAGUACUGCUACACAUGAAUCGGACCCUAUGACUGAAUCAUCAUCUAGAACUUCAUGUUUUGAGGACACAGAGUUGCCAAAAACCUUAGAUGAUGUUGUGCCUGUGUCUUUUGUUGAAGAGGCAGAUUUAUUAGCAGAAUUACCAAGUAACUGGACAGUGAAAAAAUCGAAAAAUAAAUCAAAAACAAAACAAAAGUUGAAGAAAGGAUGCAAGAAAGUUGAAAAAAGUAAUGAUAAAAAAGACUGUUUCAGUGUUCCUUCAGGACUUAGAAAGGUGUCACUCCAGGGUUCAGACUCCACGACACAUGUGGCAACUGAAGGCUGGGUGGUGAAGGGAGAUAACGUGAUUCAAAUAGAGGGACUUCCGUCAAUUGGGGACACUAGCAAUCUGGAGGAUCUGAUUUCAUCAUUCGGCACAGUUCUUAAUAUGCAACACAGAUUGCUGAGUGACAAGCGUGUGAUACGAAUUAGGUACAACACUGCCGAGGCGUGUGAAUGGGCCAUGGCUUGUCUUCAUGACUCAGACUGUAUUUUUUCAGAUUCCAACUGUGUCCUUGUGUGUUCGGUGGUACAAGAUUGAACUAAAGUCCAAGAAGCUAGAAGCAUGUGUUGAUUUUUAAUAUACUCUCAGUCGUUAAUUGAACACCACCAAAUUUUGACCAUGUGUCUUGUACUUUGCAAGUAAUUGAGAUCAUUUUGUGAAGGAUAAACACUGAAAGUAAUGAUCUGUGUAUAUACUGAGGAUAUCGAAAAUGACGGACAGCGAGUGAAAAUGACAUUGUAUUAAUAUUAAAUGUAUUUUAGGGAAAAAGACAGAAACCAUGAAUAUGCAUGAAAAUGUAUGGUAAUUAAGUAUGGAGAUGACCUCACAUUUAUGUGGUUUCCAUAAGUAAUUUAUUCAUGCCAUCUCGGUAAAUACACAGUAGAUACACGAUAUGUAAAAAUGGUCAGUACGUCAGCACGAACAACUACUUCUAGGCACCGUUUUUACAGGGGCCUAGCUUCCAUAUUCGCAGGUACGCAGCUGCGUACCACCUGAGAUUACAAAUAUUUUUUUUAAAUUAAAAUAUAUGAUAUAAAUGAGUGUAUGCUCAGCCAAUAGAGUUUUAUUCCAUCGCCGAAAAAGUCUGCGUACCACGUGAAAAUCCCAAGCUAGGUCUCUGUUUUAUUUGCAUUACAAUUUAGGUGGUGCCUAAUUUAUUUCCAGAUGUAUAUAACAGUUGUAUAACAUUUAAUUCUAUAUAAUUUUAAAACAAAAUUGUAAACCGACACCUCUGAUGUUGUUAUAUAUUUUUAAUUUGUAUUUCAUUGCAUGCCAAGUAGUAAAAUAAAUACAUGGAUAUCAUUUAAAAUUUUAUUAUUCAAUGCAUAUUUUUAAUGUACAUUCUACAUUCUAAGUGGCUCUCAGCAAUGCAAUGUUUAAUCCUUUUCAUUAAUCGUAUCAGUUGUGAUUCUUAGAAAUUCUAAAUAAAUGUUUACUGUUAUGCAUGCAUGUUUGUUUGCUCCUACAUUUUGUUUAUGCAUGCAAUCAUGAACACAUACAUACACACACAGAUACACACACACACACACACACACACACAAUGACACACAGACAUACACAACUCACACACAGAAACACACACACAGACAUACACAUAAACUCUCACACAGAAACACACACACAAACAGACCUACACAUAAACACACACAGAUGCACACAAACAGACAUACACAGAAACACACACACACACACGUGCGCGCGCACACACACAAAAGAACAACCAGAACGUGUUUGUUGUAAUGUUAAAUAAUAAAGAAUUAAAAUUAAAA